GUGUGACAGAGGUUAGAGGGGCGGGUUUAGUGCUAUUCUGGAAAUCAUUUUGCGUAGCGCAUCUGUAUCGGCACAAAAACAGCGCUGGGAUGUGUGGACUCCUGCAUCGUCUCAGUGUGAUUCAUCCGUACACGGUAUAGUUUAUCUACCCGGUGCGUGUCCAUCCUAUUAAAGCAGGAAAUCCUCAGAUUAAACACUUAAACAGAAUGGAUGGACACAGUCUAUGCUGCUCAGGACUUCACCAUUAGUCUCCAUAUAUAACCCAUCAAAUACUAAAAAAGUCAAAAGAGUUACUGGAUCAGGUGAGAUCAUGGCACAGGUCGAGGAGUCUCACACCGAGGGAGAGGGCAGUCCCCAGAUGAUCUCCUUGAGGUCAGACAUAUCAGGGAACCACGUGGACGAUGGGGAAGUGGGGCCCUCCAUAAGGAGGAAGAGGAGGAAGAAGAAAGACCCGCGUCCGGAGUCCAUCAUUGUUUACCGCUCUGAGAUGGAGAGGGCGCCCGGAGAGGACCAAUGCAGUGAGGAGGGAGCAGAGAGGAGCACAGAGGAGGGAGCUAAAUUCCUUUCCACACCUACAGGCGAAGGAGGAGGAUGGAGCCUUCCCCCAGACAGCCGCUACGUGACCCUGACAGGCACCAUCACCCGAGGGAAGAAGAAGGGUCAGGUGGUGGACAUUCACCUCACAUUGACAGAGAAGGAAAUCAGGGAUCUGGCUAAGUCGAAGGAACGUCUCGACGCAGAGUGCGAGGCGGGGGAAGGCUCUAAACGCGCCUGCGGCUUCGGUGUGUGCCAGGGACCCCAUGUUGUCUUAUGGAGCCUCUCCUGCGCCCCCGUGAUUUUCCUCCUCUCCUUCAUCACGUCCUUCUACUACGGCACUCUCACCUGGUACAACGUCUUCCUGGUGUACAAUGAGGAGCGGACGUUCUGGCACAAGAUUACGAUAUGCCCCUUCCUCAUCAUCUUUUACCCCAUGCUCAUCAUGCCCAUGGCGCUGUCUCUGGCUCUGUACUCCGCCGUGGUGCAGGUGUCCUGGGCCUUCAGCGAGUGGUGGCAGGCUGUGAGGGACCUGGAGAAAGGCUUCUGCGGCUGGGCCUGUGGGAAACUGGGACUGGAGGACUGUUCCCCCUAUAGCAUAGUAGAGCUGCUUGACUCUGAUACUGUUUCUGGCACUCUGCAGAGCAAGGCUCCCAGUGAACUCGCCCAGACGUCAUCAGUGUGAAGCGAGGGGACGCUGAGGUCCAUGGCACAUAUGGGUGUAGGCCUGAGUCAAAGUGAUUCGAAAAAUGUGCCAGAACAUUUAAGCCCGUCACAGGAAAGUACUUGGAAGCUGUUUCACUAUACUUUUCUGUUAAUGACAACUUAUCAAACACUGCCUAUUCUGUCCUGAAAUGCUGAACUAUUACCACAAAAUUUAUAAAGCAUUACUGGAUCCAGAUCACUAUGAAUUAUUCCUCUGAGCAUGGGAGUCGUAAUGUUGGAUAAUUUUUACUUUUACGUUUUUUGUUUUUAGAGUUAUCCUCCAAUCACUGAAUCCCACUCAAAGAUCUUUUGAUAUAUGCAGGCCAUGGUGCCUCCUGUAGUAAAGCUUAGAUAAACUGGCUGUGGAUACACACAUGAUGUCGGAGGCCUGAAGGUUAAAACAAGUUUCACUUCAUCUGUAAAUAUCUGUAAUUAAAUGUACUUGUGUGUUCUGAGCUGUGCACAGAUGUUAGAAACAGGAUGCAUUUCAAAGGCUGUCUUGUAUGUGAAGUCUUCAUAAUCACUCUGUGAAGUUGAAUAUAAGGCUGGAUUACCAACUGGAAAACUGCCCCGAGGGCUCCAGAUGUGUCAGUUACUUUGUUUGAAUUUGAUUAAUUACUGGUUUGAUUGGAAAUAUGCACCAUUUAGCACAAUAUUGCCCAUAACAAGAAGCACCUCAGGGUGGGCAGUGUCUGGUGAAAGGGUUCAGUGUCAGCAUCUAGUUUUCAAAGCUUUUUUAAAGGGUAGGUCUGCAUUCUUUUUGUUUUUUUUCAAAUGCAAACAAACAGUCAGCCAUUAGCAAAAAGAAGUGAUGCAGGUUAGGCUGUGUUCACAUCAAAUCCGGUGUUCGCUUUUUUUGUGUGGUGUCUGAGAGACCACUAGACUUUUGCAUGUCCGCUCGGCCCUCUUUUCAGACUUUAGAAAAUCUAGCCCAUAUCUAGAGACUUUGGCCAAUCACAGGUCAUUUCAGAGAGUGUGUGCACAUCCGUCUAUCUUUUGUGCAGUAAAGAUACCACAGUAAUGAUAAUCAAAAGGAAUUCUACACAACUUUUAAGCCAAGAUUAAAAAAAAUACGGAAGGCAAAUAAUCUACUCCGUUGCCUAGAUGGGGAGAUUGGCUUUGUCUCCGUCCUCCAUCCCCCACAGAAGUGACACUCCCACACCGCCACACAACUCUGCAGCUGAUCACUGCAACACGCUUGGUGUGAAUGCAGCCCUAAAGCGCUGAUAAUAAUAAUAAUAACUUAAAGGUUAGUUUGGAUUUUUUGAAGUGGGCUUGUAGUGUUAUAAUGCUCUCUACAAAACCAUAGACUCCUUUCACUAAAACAGUCAUUUUUCCUCACAGAACACAGGAGUUGCUCGCCUACUGCUGCCUCGAUCGGUUAGUUUGUUUGAUAUUGUAUGACUUUUGCUCCCAAACUAAGGUAGUGGAUAUCAGCAGAAGUACAUCGCUUAGCUUCCAUCAUGCCAGUCAGGGGGUUAGAGAAAUGUUGCUAAUUUGGAAGAUCAAUGACACACAAUUCUCAAAGACAGCUUGGUUUCGUGAUGAAGAGGCAUAAUAGAUGGGCUGGAAGGUUUAUUUGUAGGAACGUCAUCCUGAAAAAACCUGCAUCAGGUCAGGUGGGAAAUUAUUUUUAGAAGUGCUAAUAAUAAUAAAGGACCUGCCCUUUAAAAGAUAAGGAUGGCAUUACUUUAUAUUUUCCACAUAGUCAACCAACCAACACUGUGGCUCAUUGAUGUGUUUUUAAUAAUUUCUUGAGAACAAUGAAAGUGUGUCUCAGAAGAAUAAGCUACGUUAAGCUUUGGAUAAAUAGGAUGCACUUGGUAGAAAGAAAAAUCCAGUACUGACUUUGGUCUUUUUAUGGGUUUUGUUGACAGUAAGAAAAAUAUAGAAUAUCACCAGCCUUAUCUUUUAAUACCAGUAUGGCUCCUGAUGAUAUUGUGCUCACAUGGUGCGUAUUCCUCAAAAAGAUUCCUUCAAGAAGUCCCUCAGCAUGAGUAGGCUCCUUGUUGGUGUGUAGGCUGAUUAUGAUUAAGCUGUGAGGUGUUGCUGCUGUGUGCUCUGUACUUAAUGUGUACAUUUAGAUGUAGAGUACAUAAACAAUGUACAGAGGGACGGAGGAAGAGAGAUCAAUAGGGGCCCAAAGCAGGUUAAUGCAGCCGUGAUUUGAAGCCAUGGUCAGGACAAGCUGACAAACCAGACAUUUCUUUAGUGAAGUCGUUUUUCAUUGUCAUUUUUUCCUAUAUAUAAGGCACCAACAACACAGAUGCUUGUGAUCUUAAACUACUUGUGUUAUCUUCUCAAUUUUAUUCCACACACGAGUAAAAUGCACUCACCGUAAUUUUCCACCUGCCUGUUACAUUUCCACACAUGAUUUUAAUGAUUUAAUUUAUUUUAAAUAUUUAAGUCUCGUACACUUCUUGAAAUUGUCGUAGCUAGGUGUUUUAUACUCUGGCACUUUGAAGUACAUGUAUUGCAAACAGCGAUCAUGACUGACAGGGUUGGUUUGGUUAGAUCAGAUGGUUUAAAUAUUUGGGGAUUCAAAUGUUUAUGACAGACCUAGCUGGGCUGAGUAAUUCAGUUUUGCUUUCAUGCAGGUAAAGACAUGGAUCAGUGGGUGUGGAUGGAGUCUGUAUUCCACGUUACAUGUUGUGAAACCACACAAUGCAAAGUAAAGAAUUACACAAAUGAAAUAAAACGUUGUGUCAUUA